AUGUCGAACGAUGACGUUUCAGGCAUCUCCGCGCGCCAUGACACCACGACCAUGCGACGAGGAAGUCGUGUGUCGGCAAGCAAGGCGUCUUCUAAAGCCUAGGGAUUGUAGCCAGAAGGCAUCCACAGAACUGACUGAAGACUCAACCUCGGUAUCUGAAGUAUCUCCAUGGAACCCCGGUGACAGGGCGCUGAAUAGGUUUCGCCUACCUGUAUAUAAUAAACAACUGUGCGACCAUACAAGUCACGCUGUCAGCACCCAGGCCUGGAGAUUCUGCUUCAAGCAGUGGAUCCUAGUAGGAAAGAGGCGCCAUGACCCCACUCUUCAUACAUUGUUAAGAAGUACCAUUUUCCACCAAAAGGGACGUAAUCCAAGUCUGGGUUUACACAGAACUCCCAGAGUAGAGGACCUGAUUCCGUUGCCAACGAGCUGCCGAAGAUCACGCCACGGGUCGGUCCCCUAGUUCUUCUAGUCAUCAAGG